AUCACGGUUUUACUUCUGCAGGGCGAGAGGAGACGGAAGAAUGUCUGUACGAAUCCAGCCGAUCCAGUUUACCACUGACUGCAAAGACCAGAAUUUCGAUGGCAUCAUCCUCAUCACCCAGAACUAUGAGCAGCUCCCAAAUGAGCUGGAGUGUCUGAAAGCCCCAUUGCAAGACUAUAGUGCAGUGGACUGCUGCAUCAAGGAUGAGGUGGUGGUGCUCCGAGUUCCUGGUCUUCCUGGAAACAGGCUGGUUUGCUCCUGCACUGGUCCAGUCAAUCGAGACUAUGAUGACGUGCGGCGCUUCAGAGAUGCUGCCGCUAAUGGCAUUAAGAGGGCUCUGAAAGCUGGCCUCCAGCGCCCUCUGCUGGUUUGUCCUCCAAACAGCAGCUAUGCCAAAAACACCCUUGUAGCUGUGCUCGGAGCCCUUCAUGUUCUCUAUGUGCCUUUGGAAGUGAGAGAGCACAAGUCUUCCCCUCAUAAAGUGGCCACUUUGGGCGUCUGGGUGAAGAACAAAGAGCAGGGAGAUGGCAUCAUUGAGCUCGCCAAUGCUCUGGAGAGUGGCAGGUUUGUGUAUCGUGAUAUCGGUGGCUCUGACCCGGAGCGCAUGGCAGCUCCGCGUGUAGCCGAGUAUGUUCAGUCAGUCUUCAAGGACAGUCCUGUGAAGGUGACUGUAGUGAGUAACUUGAACACUCUGGAGAAGGAAUACCCGUGUCUGGCUGCAGUCAACCGCUGUGCUAAUGCUGUGCCUCGUCAUCAGGCUCGAGUGAUCAAGCUCCAGUACUGUGGAGAAGGACCCAUUGAACAGACCCUUAUGCUGGUUGGAAAGGGCAUCACAUAUGACACUGGUGGAGCUGACAUCAAGGCUGGAGGAAUCAUGGCUGGGAUGCACAGAGAUAAAUGUGGAUCUGCGGCUGUUGCCGGAUUCUUCCAGAUCCUUGCCAAACUAAAGCCCAAGCACUUAAAGGUUGUGGGUGCGAUGGCCAUGGUGCGCAACAGUGUUGGAUCUGAUUGCUAUGUGGCAGAUGAGCUGGUGGUGUCUCGUGCCGGUCGAAGAAUCCGAGUUGGAAACACUGAUGCUGAAGGAAGAAUGGUCAUGGUGGACUUACUGUGUGAGAUGAAGGAGCAGGCGCUGCAGGAAGUGUCUCCUCAUCUCUUCACUAUUGCCACUCUGACAGGACAUGCUAUCAGAGCCAUGGGGCCAAAAUACUCUAUCAUCAUGGACAACGGUGCUGCUCGACGUGCAGGAAACGAUCUGGAGUGGCAGAAAGCCGGAGAGGUGCUCGGAGACCUGUUUGAGGUGUCCACUAUUCGGCGGGAGGAUUAUGAGUUCCACAAAGGGAAAUCUGAGUAUGAGGACAUCCUGCAGGCCAAUAACCUGCCCUCAUCCGCUACACCGCGAGGACAUCAGACGCCUGCAGCCUUCCUCAUCAUGGCUUCUGGACUGGAUCAGCAUGGAGUGGACUCAGCCAAACCUCUGCCUUACUCCCACAUCGACAUCGCUGGAUCCAGCGGACCCUUCCCUGGUGUCCCAACUGGAGCCCCAAUUCUUGCCAUGGCCGCAAAAUACCUGAAGCUGUAAACGUCUGUCUAAAGAUUUGUUUAUGUCCUUCAAUUGCUAUUUUCACCUUUAGCCAUUUUUCAUUUAAUGACUUUGAUAUCUGCAUCAUUUGAUACUGACUACACUGUUAAUAAAAAAGAUAUCAAAUAAUAUUGUAAGGCAGUACAGUCGUACAGUUUUGCAGUGUAGUCCUAAAUAUGGCCAAAUAAGGACACUUUAAUACUUCCAAUAUAAACACCGUCCCUUUCCCCCUCUCUCUAUGUACCUGCAUUUCCUCCAUCUAUAAAAUCUUCUGUUCUCCUUACACUCUGCACAAAACUCAUCUUGUCAGUUUUCGUUAGUACUAUGCUUAAAUCACUCACUCUUCAUAAAUGCAUUUGAUUUCCAUUCCUGCCCUGUAGCCUAACAGUUUCUCUGACAUGAAUCUGGAGGUGAGACUGUGAUUGAAAUGAAAUGGCAUCUGUGACUUGGAAAACUGUAAGGAGAAGAAUAAUGGGAACAGUGUAACGGUCUGUUUUGUACCAGUAUUUGUAAUCAAAAUUUGAAAAUAAAAGCUUUUUUUGGCA